CACACUCGUCUCACACUGGACGCACAUAAGGCAUCAUAGACAGGAGCCGAGGAAGGGGCGUAGCCAGACACACACAACCACCUUCCUUGGGCUUGGAAUUGAUCUGGUCGGGAAGGAGGUCAGGAUGAACCGGAGGCGCGGUCCUAACCGUCGGUUCAAUGAGGCGCAGGUCAGUGAGGAGCUGAAGAUCACCAUUGCACUCGCCCUCAAGAAGCUCACACAGAAUGAAGACCAGAAAGAGCUGGAGUUGCCGUCCUCUCUCACAUCGGAGGAGAGGAAGUACAUUCACUUUCUCUCCCAGCAGAUGGGGUUCAAGAGCAAAAGCAGAGGCAAGGGAUCAUCUCGGUACCUGACGGUGUACAAGAAGGAGGGCUCCACCAUCAUGAGCAAGGAGGCACUGGUUACCCUGGCAGAUCAGACUCGCUCCACCAUCCUCUCCCUCCUCCACCGCUGCCCCGUCACCAACAAGGAGCGGCAGGAUCUUCUCUCCGCCACCGAGCGCGACCGACUGAUGAACCCCGAGUUGCGUGAUCUCAGUGUGCUCAGGUCACUAGGGCGGCUGACCCCCGGCCCACCACAGGUACCCCCGCCAGCUGCCCCAAGUGAGGUGGCAGCGGAGGCGAGGAAGCUGCCGGUGUGGGGGAUGCGGGAGCAGCUGCUGGCGGCCGUGCACCACAACCAGGUCAUCUUGGUGUGUGGUGAGACAGGAUCCGGCAAGACCACUCAGGUGCCACAGAUGCUGCUGCAAGAGGCGUCAUCACUGGGCAAGCCGUGUCGGAUAUUCUGCACACAACCACGCCGCCUGUCCGCCCUCACCAUUGCAGAGAGGGUGGCGGCCGAGCGUGGGGAGAAGGUCGGCUACACUGUUGGAUAUCAGAUACGUCUCGAAAGCAAGCUCUCCCCCAAGACUCUUCUCACAUUCUGCACCAAUGGAGUCUUGCUGCGGACACUGAUGGGCGGCGACUCCUCCCUGGCCAGCGUGACCCACAUUCUAGUGGACGAGGUGCAUGAGAGGGACAGGUUCACAGACUUCCUCCUCAUCGUUCUCCGUGACUGCCUACCAAAAUUCCGGCACCUCAAGCUGAUACUCAUGUCUGCCGCCCUUGACGUCAACCUCUACGCCAAGUACUUCAACAACUGCCCCGUCAUUGAUAUUCCUGGCCGCUGUUAUCCCGUCAAGGAGUUCUUUUUGGAGGAUGUGCUGAGAUACACUAGUUACCAGACCCCAGAGAUGGCCAAAGCAGCAAGGGAGCUAGAGAAAAGGCAGAGUGGACACAAGACAGCCACAGCAUGGACACAGCAAAUGUCACAGCAGAUUCUGAGUAAUGUCUCCUCGCCACCACCGGCACACACACCACCCCGGCCCACACAAGGCUCUGCGGGGGGGCCCUUGUCAUCUGCCUCCACUCCAGGCCAGAUGUCAGCUGUUGCUACACAAGAGAUGGACAACAGUCUGCGGCGAGAGAUGGACAGCUGCAUACAAGAAGCGUUCCUCAGCGGCUCAGAUGAAGCCUUCUCCCAGAUGAUGUAUAUGGUGAUGUCAGAAAAUGUGUCUCCAGAUUACCAGCACUCAGAGACAUGGGCCACUCCCCUUAUGGUGGCCGCAGGGCGGGGCCGAGUGGAUGUCCUAGAGCAGCUGCUGGCCCUUGGUGCGUCCCUCACCCUGCGGGCCGCCAAUGACUGGUCAGCUGCCUGCUGGGCCAAGUCGACAGGCCAGCAGGAGGCUCUCGACCUGCUCCAUGCCUACAGUGCAUGUGAGGGAGUGGAUCUGCUUGGAGUGAGUGGGAAGAGCAGCCCAAAGGGGAGUGGAGGGCGUGGUGGUGGAGUGGUGGGGAGUGUGGAGGUGAACACAGAGGACAGGCGGGCCGUGGAGGCGUACCACCACUCCAUCUCUGACGACGUGGUGGACUGUGACCUGCUCCACGCACUGUGCCUCAAGAUCCACACUGAUCAGCCACCUGGUGCCAUUCUGAUCUUCCUGCCGGGGUACGACCACAUCGUCACACUGAGGGACAAGAUCAUCACUGAGGAGAGACAGUACCUGCAGGGGGGGAAGUACUGCCUCUUCUGCCUCCACUCCAGCAUGCAGUCCAGCGACCAGAAGAGAGUCUUCCGCCCUUCCCCGACAGGCGUUCGCAAGAUCAUUCUCUCCACCAACAUCGCUGAGACAAGUGUGACGAUCAAUGACGUUGUGUAUGUGGUUGACAGCGGCAAGGUGAAGGAGGUGAGCUACGACUCGAUGGUGGGUGUGUCGUGCCUACGGUCAGUGUGGAUAUCUCAAGCCUCCAGCCAGCAGAGGAGGGGACGUGCCGGUCGCUGUCAGCCCGGCAUCUGCUAUCACCUCUUCUCUAGGAGUCGAUAUGCAGCAUUGCAGCUCUACCAGACUCCAGAGAUUCUGCGCACUCCUCUCCAGGAGCUGUGCCUUCACACCAAGCUCCUCGCCCCGGCCAACAUGCCCAUCGCAGACUUCCUGGCACGUGCCCCUGAAGCGCCGGCAUUCAUGGUGAUCCGUAGUGCCGUUCAGCUCCUGAAGAGCAUGGACGCACUGGAUGGGUGGGAGGACGUCACAGAGCUGGGCCACCACCUGUUGGACCUGCCACUACCACCACGCUUGGCCAAAAUGGUCAUUACCGCCACAGUGCUGAAGUGCCUUGACCCGGUGCUCACCAUUGCUGCAGCACUCGCCCUCAAAGACCCAUUCAUGCUGCCCAAGAACCCCAAUGAGAAGAGAAAUGCCAGUGCUGUGCGUCGGAAGUUCACCUCUGGGACUUACAGCGAUCACAUGGUGCUGCUCAAGGCAUUCCAGGCGUGGCAGAAGGCAUGCACUGAAGGGUGGGAGCGUGGGUGGUGUGAGAGGAACUACAUCUCCGGGGCUGCCAUGGAGAUGAUACAUGGCAUGCGGUCACAGGUCCUGGCUCAGCUGAGGGGAGCUGGUUUUGUGAGGGCGCGGGGACCUGGUGACAUUAGGGACGUGAACAGCAACAGUGACAACUGGGCAAUGGUGAAAGCAGCGCUGGUGUCCGGUAUGUACCCCAACCUCAUACGUGUGGACCGAGACCAAUGCCAGCUGCGCACACAGAAAGAAAGCAAAGUACGUCUCCACCCCACCUCGGCACUCCUGGAUGUGGGUGGGUCAGUGAACACCAACAUGGGCACCUCCCUGAACACAGCUCACCGCUCCCUGGUGGCGUCGCCCUCAGACUGGCUGGUGUACGAUGAGAUGGUGCGCAUUGGGGUGGUGGCUCACGUGCGCACCGUCACCCUGGUGUCUCCCCUGACAGUGCUUCUCAUGGCUGGCCCUAUGCGUCUCCCCCUUGAUGCCCUGUCUGAGCCCUCUAGCCGGAAUAGUGGUGACUGCAGCAGCGACAGUGAGAGUGAGGAGCGUCCUGUGGGUUUGUCCUGCCUGGUGCGGAUAGACAGCUGGAUACAGUUCCUUGGAGACCCACAAGCAGCCCACCUCGCCUUGCAGCUCAGGCACAAACUCCACGCACUUGUCCUCCGCCGGCUGAGAGCACCCAAUAAGCCCUUGACACAGACAGAUGAGGAUGUGGUGCGGGUGGUGGGAGCAGCGCUGAGUCAGGAGGAGCAGGCUCUCAACAUGGUACAGCCGGCAGGGGUGGGGCAACGGCCACGCCCUCUCUACCCACACAGCCAUCCACACGAAGGUGGCUGGUCAGUUGGUACCUCAGACGACUCACAAUCCAGCCACUCAUCCUCCAGAAGAACCAGUGAUGCUGCAACUCCCCCAGCACCCCAGCACACCCCAACACCCAAGUUCCCCCAGCAGACUGCCUCCAAGCUCCCCCAGUCACCCACCACCAACACCAACGCCAAUACUCUCAUGUCACCUGGAUUUAACCAAACGUCAGCCCAGUCUGCUCCCAAAAUUGGUUCUGGGGCGUCAGGAGGGAAAUUUGGUGUGCCCUUUGGUGGUAAUAAGGCUCCGGGUGGGUCCUCUGCUCCUCCACCCCCCGCCAACAAGGGUAUGGUGGGGGGAAUGGGUAUUGGAGGGAACAAGCUGGGGAAUAAGGAUAUGAAAGGAAUGUACCGUAACAACAACAACAACCACAACAGCACCACCACCAGCACCACACUUAACAACAACAAGAGUAACACCACCACCGGUGCCACUAACUCCAGCACUGAGGGUGGCAGUGGUGGUGGGGGAGCGAGUGCUGUGGGUGCCAGCUGCUCUGGCACCUCGGGGGGCAUGGCGGGGAGCAAGACGAGGUACUUCAUCAUCAAGGCAUCUCUGUACAAGCAGCUGGAGGCGUCGCACCACACAUCUCUCUGGGCCUUCACCCACAACACUGAGAAGAAGAUACUGCAGGCCUGGCAGGGUGGCCAGGCGACGGUGCUGCUGAUCUUCACUCUUCAUCGGGGUGGCCAGUUCAAUGGCUAUGCUCGCUUCCUGGCUCAGCGUACUGAUGAGAAGUGCCCAGAGAUCACCAACGUUGGCCCGACUCUUGGCCCACUGUACAAGGUGGAGUGGGUCAAGAAGUGGAAUGUUGGCUUCCACCACACACGGCGACUCUACAACCCCUACAACGACAACCUGCAAGUCCACCUCAGCAGGGAUGGCCAGGAGGUGGAGCCCGGCAUUGGGGAGCAGCUUAUCCGCCUGUGGGAAAGAGGACCAGGUGGAGGUGGAGGAAGUUUCAAUAAAACCUCCAAUAACUCCUACAUGAACUCUGGAAGUGGAGGAGGCAGUGGAAGUGGUGGUGGUGGCAGUGGAGGAAACAUUGGAAGUGGUAGUGGUAAUAGUAGCAGUGGUGCUGGUGGUGGUGGAAGUGGGAGUAAUAAUAGCACAAGUGGGAGUGGAGGUGGUGGUGGUGGUGGCGGAGGUGGAGUUAUUCAUGAUCCACCAGGCUCCAAUCAGAACAGACACCCAAUCCACCCACCACACAUGAACCAGGUCCACCACCCGCCCUUCCACCACCCUCCAUUCAACCGCAACUAUGGAAAUGGCUACAAUUACAAUGGUGGAGGUGGUGGAGGAGGAGGCGGUGGUGGUGGCAGUGGAGGAGGUGGUGGUGGUGGAGGGUACAGAGGGAAUUACAGGGGAGGGUACAGGAGGUAGGUGGAGUAGGCAGACUCUUCUCCAUUUGUUGUGUGUGUGAGUGAGAAAGAAAGAAAGAGAGAGUAUCAAUUCUUUAAUUCAGAGUCAAUAAGCAGAUUUAGAUACUCAGAUAUAUCCAGAUUUAUCCAAUGCCUCAGUUCAAACUCACCUCACUCAUCCAUGACUCCAAGACACUUUAUUUUAACCUAUUCAUUGCUAACUCCAUGCAUACCAAACCAACCCCAGCCUCUCCCACCAGUUUUUUAAGCACCUCUAAUUCUGUGGGGGUAGUUUACAUUCAUCCUUACAUCAACAUUUAGUUACAUAGGUAUUUUUUUCAUAUGUUCUGAUAGAUCUUGUUGCCGAGAUUUAUACUAUUCACGUGAAACAUUAUUUUAAGUGAUUUCCUAUGCAUAGUGGACACAAGAUGAUAAGUGUUUCAAUACAUCGAACAUGAGAAAAAUGAAUACCUGGGAUAAAUCCAAAGCACACAUGUCAUUCCUUAGUAAACCAGGAUGAAAACUGCAAAAAUCCUCAGUUCGUAGAUGAACAGUGCCAGGACAGUGAUCAGCCAUGAGUGUGAAGGAGUGUGGGGAUGUGUGCAAUAUUGGGCUGUGGACUGUCUUCAACAUCACCAUUCACAUCACUCAUUUCCCUUGUUACUGCUUGCCUCACUGUCAUUCUGUGGUAAAUAGUCAUCAUCUGAAUCACUUAUGAACACUUCUGAUUGAGUGUCAUCAUCAUCUGACCCUUGCACUUCACUUUCAAGGGUCAUACCACACUCAGAAUGACCAAUGGAAGGAGAAAAGAUGCCAUGAUGUAAGGUGUGUCAAUCACACACUGCCCACACUGCUUCACAUGAGCUAUUACCACCCAAGGCCUGUAUCCCAAUGUAUUUGAAACACAAGGUACCAAUCAGUCAAUUGUCACUAAAUCUUAAAAAUCACGAAAAGUAAAAAAAAAAAAAAAAAGUUCUGUGUAUCUCCAAUAACUGAUGACUAUGCAAAUACUUCAUUAGUUCAUUAAUUCAGUGAGGCAGGACUCGCAUAGUCGUUGCUUGUGAGUGUUACCUUGCAAGUACAACAUGUGGGCUUGAUUCACUCAUGCUGGUGGCUGGAGCUUUGCACUGACAGGUCAAGUGCUAUUUAGUUUGGUCCUCUCCCUCCCCAGUUCAGUAUUUGGCACAAGUGUUUGGUUUUCCCUUCCAUCUUCAUGUUGUAUUUGUGAAAGGUAUAUUAAGAUCUUUGUCUUCUUUUUCAGUUAUAUUUGUGAGGGAUACAUUACAAUAUUUCUAACUUCUGAUAUCCUGUUUCAGUUAAAGGCUUUUGCCUUCCUUCUUCCUUCAUAAAGGAGUAGAAAAGGAAGUCAUAUUAGUGAGUACACUAAAUUUACCUCCUCCAUUACACUUCUGAUAUUCUGUUUCAGUUAAAGCCUUGUACACUCUCUCUUCCUUCCUCCAUGGCCUGAAAGUAUAAUAAUGAGAAAUCCAUUAAUAGCUUCCCCUUAACACCUCCAAUAUUCUGCUCCAUAUAAAGCCUAGGCAUGAGAGAUGAAGUGCUAUUUUAUUCAGAGUUUUAGAGGAACCAGUGUUGACAAUGGAGCUUCCAAUAACCAAAGAAGUAAUGGACAGUGCCAAGUUAAUCCUUCCUCAUAAGAAGCCUCAGUGUUUGCUUUCCUAUUUUGGCUCAAGAAAAGGAUAGAAGAUAGAGGAAUAAGUGAAAAAGGUGCACAAUGAAGAAGGAUGAUGAAAAGGGAUAGAGGAAUGAGUGAUAUAAUAAUAAGUGCAUUUCAAGAGCAUGAUCAUGAAUGAAGAAGGAUAAAGAAAUGAAUGAAAGAUGAUGCAUUUUGAGAAGAUGACAAGGAAAGAUGAAGUGCAUUUAAGGAGAAUGAUGAAUGAAUGAAGGAACAGGAUAAAGGAAGAAAAGAGGAAAUACACUUAUAAAAAACAAAGGACAAGAGGAAGGAAGGAAUAAGGUUUUGAAGACCACUAAUUGACCUACAUGUGAAUAAUUAUGGCAAGGAGCUGAGGCAAGAGUCAAUUCAAUUAAUACAGUUAAGAACUCAAUAAGGAGCAAGAGAGAGAGAGAGAGGGGAGGGAGGAGAAGUUGGAAAUCUGAUGAGGAUCUUAAUACUCAUUCCCUAUUGAUGUGUGUUGGUUCCUUAAGGUCACACACAGCAGUGCUUGGGUGUGGCUGCAAGAGAUGGCUAGUGAUGGUGAGAGAUGUAUGAUAUAGUGUGAUGAGGUGAUGGUAAGAGGAAAGAAAUGUAGCUUUGUGAUGUUGAGAGAGAAGCGAGAUGUGAUGUGACAAUGUUAAGGAAAGAGUGUGGUGAUCAUGUUAUCCCCUUCAGUAUCAUGACAUGUUUCCAUAUUCAUUCUGCACACCUUCAGGGUUAAAACAGUGAAGAUUCUGGACCAUUAAUCUUCUGACCUCCAUAGACCCUACCUAAUGUCAAUAAAAUAGUCUAAUCGUACACAAAUUUCAAGGUAAAAAUGUGUCCCAGUAUUGAAGGGGGUUAAGAGAAGUGUGAUGUGAUGUGAUGUUAAGGAGAAAGGAGUGUGAUGUAUUAAGAGGAGUGUGAUGUGAAGAAAGGAGUGUGGUGAUGUGAUGUUAGGUCCAGGCUGUUAUUUAGUUCAUGUGAUUGUAUGUAAUGGUGCAAUGAAAAGUUAUUUAUAUAUAUAUUUUUGUGUGUGUUCUAUUUUUUUUUUCAUAAGUUGUGAUGAUUUUUUUUUUUUUUUUUUUGUGUGUGUGUGUGUGUGUGUGUGUGUGUGUGUGUGUGUGUGUGUGUGUGUGUGUGCGUGCGUGCGUGCGUGCGUGUGUGCGUGCGUGGGAGUGAGUGAGUGUUAUAGCAUUUUGGUUUUGCAAUCUGAUCCAGUUUUGAAUAUUUACUGACAUUUGUUGUAUUUAUUUUAUUUUCGUUACUUGACAUUUGUUCCUUCUGUCAACAGCGACAGAGAACAAAAUGCAUGUGCAAUUCACAUCACUUCUAUUUGUUUUGUGUAUUAAUUUCCCACAAUUUGGGUGUUCUGUGUGUUUGUAUUUCACAACACAUACAAACUGGAGCCAGAUGAAGCAACUCUGUACAACUAAGCAGGAAUAAAGAAUACAAUCA